AUGCUGCUCAAACGUAAAAGAUCCGAGUCUGAGUUUUCGUUUAGUCCCGUCUUUUCAUCUUCACAUUCCGUCAACGACGGCUUCAACUUUAAUGCCAUGUCCGCAAUGGACACCGCCCGACGAGGCUUCUUCUCUCCACGACUGUCGGUCCCAUCGCAUCUUCCCAGCCGUACUUUGAAACGCUUUCGCGACAAUCGUCCUCCAGAGGAAGAGAUUCAUCAACGUACUCUCCACCUCCUCUACUCGGCGCAACACCGUCCACAGGAACUGAACAGCCAAUUGAGCCAGUCUGCUGACCUUUUGGAACCUGCCAACGCGCUGCGCGCCUUUGACAAAGUCCCCUGCAUCAUCUCCUUCAUCGUCUACAGCCUCAUUGUCAACAACAACACUUCUUCAGAGCGCACCAACGCAAUGUGA